CUCUCCUCUCUCCCUCCCCCCUCUCCUUCCUCCAGGUGCCCUCCAGAUAGAGUUGAGUGAGGAACAGGACCAGGGGAAAUAUGAAUGUGUUGCCACCAACAGCGACGGAACCCGCUACUCCACCCCUGCUAACCUAUAUGUCAGAGAGCUCAGAGAAGUGCGCAGGGUUCCCCCCAGGUUCUCCGUCCCUCCAGCAGACAGUGAGAUAACCCCAGGAGGAGGUAUCAACAUCACCUGCGUGGCUGUGGGAUCCCCGAUGCCUUAUGUCAAGUGGAUGUUAGGCACAGAGGACCUCACCCCGGAGGACGACAUGCCCAUCGGACGGAACGUCUUGGAGCUGGGAGACAUACGUCAGUCUAACAACUACACCUGUGUGGCCAUGUCCACUCUGGGGGUGAUAGAGGCCAUGGCACAGAUCACGGUGAAAGCCCUGCCCAAGACCCCAGGUAACCCAGUGGUAACAGAGAGAACUGCCACCAGCAUCACACUGACCUGGGACUCCGGUAACCCUGAACCUGUGUCCUACUACAUCAUACAGCACCGUCCUAAAGGUUCAGAAGACAUCUAUAAGGAGAUAGACAGUAUAACGACUACACGCUACAGUGUAGGUGGUCUCAGCCCGUACUCUCACUAUGACUUCCGGGUGGCGGCGGUCAACACCAUCGGUAGAGGUCCAGCCAGCGACUCCGUAGAGGCCAGAACAGCAGAACAGGCUCCGUCGUCGCCACCACGUCAGGUCAGAGGUCGUAUGCUGAGUACCACCACAGCUAUAAUCCACUGGGAUGGACCUGAGGAGGCUAACGGGCAGGUGGUGGGUUACAGAGUCUACUAUACAGACGACAACACAGGUAAGUCAACCAGGUGGGAGAAGCUGAUGGUUCGUGGUGUGAAUUUCAUCACCAUCCAGAGUCUGACCCCUAAUAAGACCUAUUACAUCAGAGUCCUGGCCUUUACCUCUGUAGGAGAUGGACCUCUCUCCCAGGACCUGCAGAUCAUAGCCAAGACUGGAGUUCCAUCCCAGCCAUCAGACUUCAAAGGAGAGGCCAAGUCAGAGACCAGUAUAUUGCUGUCAUGGGUAGCUCCUCCACAGAGUGGGCCUGAAAACCUGAUCACUGGAUAUGAACUGGUAUACAGGAGGUCUGGUGACAACGAAGAGAAGAAGCUGAAUUUCGACCCCGCCUCCUCCUACCUUAUAAAGAAUUUGAAGCCAUUCUCCUCCUACACCUUCCAGCUGGCAGCACGUAGCAAACACGGCAUCGGAGCGUAUACCAACGAGGUUACCACGGAUACACCACAGACACAACCCUCGGCCCCUCCCCAGGAAGUCACAUGCUCCAGCCCCAACUCCACCAGCAUCCUGGUAAGUUGGGCUCCGCCCCUGGCGGAAUUCCAGAACGGAAUCAUAACGGGAUAUUCCAUCCAGUAUUCUGUCACGGAACGGGACAACAGGACAUCCCAGCAAGUCAGCCGAAUUCCACCGGAAAGCUCUCCGUACCUUCUGGAAAACCUGGAGAAAUGGACCGAGUAUGGAAUCACGGUCAGAGCCCUGACGGAAGCAGGAGAAGGACCAGAGAGUCUACAACUACUAGUACGCACCGAAGAAGAUGUUCCCAGUGGUCCUCCGCGCGACGUGGCGUCGGAGGCGGUGAACUCGUCAGCAGUCAGGGUGGUGUGGCGGGCACCGGCCGUGGAGCGGCAACAUGGUCAGGUCAGAGGUUACCAGGUCCACUACAUGAAGAUGAACUAUGGAGAACCCGCUGGACCCAACCUCAUCAAGGAUAUACUCCUAGACGACUCACAGUGGGAAUACAAUGAAUCAGCAGAAUAUGAGUUGGUUCUAGGGGAACUCCAGGCUGAUACUGCCUACUCUGUGUCUGUGGGGGCGUACACCUCCAAGGGAGACGGGGCACGGAGCAAACCCCAAACCCUCUGCACUACCCUCCCACUCCCAGAACCCCCCAGGCUCUCAGUAAGUCCCACCCCCGUGGGCACGGCCCAGCUCCAGUGGCUGCCUCCACCCAGCCCCGCUACCCCUCUCCUGGGGUACCGUCUAACCUUCGGACGCCUGGAUGUUCUCCCGCUCACCGUGGUAGAAUUCCCCACCAAGGAAAAGUCCUACACUGCUCAGGAUAUCCACAAGGGGGCGUCGUACGUGUUCCGACUCUGCGCCCGGAAUAAGAUGGGAUACGGAGAGGAGGCAGCGAUCGAGGUGACCACUCCGGAAGACGUUCCCGGAGGACACCCAGAAAACAUCCUGUCUGAAGGCGCCUCGGCGUCUUCCCUACGGCUCGCUUGGAAGUCUGUCCCACUGAUCGAACAGAACGGGGAGAUUGUGAAGUACUCGGUGCAGUACCGGGAUGUUAACGGUAGAGGUGGGAACGCUACCGGGGAGGUGGUGGUGACGGUACCGGAAUCCAGCGUGGUGUUGGAAGGGCUGAGCGCUGACACGGUGUAUGAUGUCAGAGUGCGUGCGUUUACGGCAGUAGGGGCGGGGCCGUAUAGUCCCGGUGUCCAGUUUAGGACUCAGCCGAUGGAUGUGGAAGUGUUUGCUACUAACUUCAGAGUGAAGGCUGCCAUGAAGAACUCAGUCCUGCUGACCUGGGAGAUACGAGACAAAACACCCUCCCAGCCUUUUACGAUCCUGUAUGGUAAGGGUCAGAGUGUUGAGGUGGAUGGUAAACAGAACCAGAAGCUGAUAACAGGUCUGCAGCCAAACACAGUACUCCUUCCUGACGAAUGGGGCUACUAUGUGGUGGUGGUUCCUCUGAAGAAACAGAGAGGAGGGAAGUUCUUGAAGCCUGGUGACAACCCUGAUCAGAUGAACCUAGAUGAGCUCCUGAAAGAGAUCAACAGGACCAGUGUGAGCCAGGCGCUGCGUGUCCGUCGCCAGGUCCCGGCCAGCCAAUCAGAUCCCAGGGCCUAUGUUUCCGCCCACUUUAAGACCCUCCCCCAGGAGUUCACCCUCGGUGAUGGGAGGAGCUAUGGAGAGUUCCGGAACCGCCCCCUGCAAAACGGACAGGAAUAUGUGUUCUUCGUGCUGGCGCUGCUAGACCUGUCUAAUAAUACAAUGUAUUCAACCAGCCCCUAUUCUGACCCCGUGACCUCCAAUGACGUGGACCCUCAGCCAAUCGUAGAUGAGGAGGAGGGGCUUCUGUGGGUGGUGGGGCCGGUAAUGGCUGUCAUCUUCAUCGUCUGCAUCGUCAUCGCCAUCCUACUCUUCAAGAGUAAACCAGACAGGAAAAGAGCUGAGGCAGAGGGAAGGAAGCCUAGUUUCCCCUGCAGCAAGGCCAUGUCCUCUCACCAUCCUACAGAUCCUGUGGAGCUACGCAGAAUCAACUUCCAGACCCCAGGAAGUUACCGUGUAUCAGCUUUCUACCGCGGCUACAGACAAUUGUCAAGCAUGACCAGUCACCCACCUGUCCCCAUUUCUGAGCUCGCUGAUCAUCUAGAACGCCUGAAAGCCAACGACAACCUGAAGUUCUCUCAGGAGUAUGAGUCCAUUGACCCCGGACAACAGUUCACCUGGGAGCAGUCUAACCUGGAGGUCAACAAGCCAAAGAACCGCUAUGCUAACGUCAUCGCCUACGACCACUCCAGGGUUCUACUGUCCAGCAUCGAGGGUAUCCCAGGCAGCGACUACAUCAAUGCCAACUACAUAGAUGGCUACUGUCGUCAAAACGCCUACAUUGCGACGCAGGGCUCUCUCCCCGAGACCUUCUGUGACUUCUGGAGACUGGUUUGGGAACAGCACACGGCCAACAUCGUCAUGAUGACCAAGCUAGAGGAGAAGUCUCGGACACAUUUAUCCAGAGCAGUUCGUGUCAGAUCAUUGUAAUGAUUUGGAGGAAGGAGGACGGAUCAGUUGACGGCCAAUGGGGAUGGAGAUAGAAUGUCUUCUCGUGUGGACGGCCAAUGGGGA